UUUCGAUCUCGCAAACCUCCCAUACUCUCGAAGGCGAUCGAUUGUACUUCGCGAUACAAUCAUCAAACCUGAUGAGAUCUUUAUGCUCAAGCUAUCUUGCGCGAAUGUCUAUGCAGAUCUGACAGCGCUGAUCUCGAAUUCACCUGAUUAGAUCCACCUCCAAGAGGACUGUCCCCAAAUUUGGAAGAGCCAUGGAUCGCAAUGAGGGAAUUGUCAGAUGGUCCCCGAAUGUAUCCCGCGAUGAGUUCAUGGUAUUCAAUCUCAACAACCGAGUCGCUCAUCUCUAUGAAGCUACUGGUCAUGCUCAACCUGGCCGAUUUAGCUUCAAGAAGUCGUCGAAGCACACAGAGAUCCCCGCUAUCAAUACUUAUGACUGGUCCCCAACAAUUCGGGGAUUGGUAUCAAUCGGUACUGUCCAAGGACACGUCUUCUUGCUAAGAGUAGAUGACAACUCAAAUGCCACCAUCCAACUUCCUUUGAAGCUUCAAAGACCUUGCCAAUCUGUGGCUUUCAACACUACCGGCCUUCUUGCUGUUGGUCUUGAUCGAGUACGCAAUGAUUCGUGCUUGCAAGUCUGGGACAUCAACGAGAGAUUGGCAAAAUGGGAUUCUACUCAAAGCGGCUGGAACGUACCGUCCAUGAAUAUCGAGCCGAGAAAGAAGCUGGAAGGAAGCACGUCGAUUACGAGCAUUAGAUUCUUCGAAGAUCAACCUCAAACUCUAGUAUGUGGCGUGAAGAACCAAAGCGUCCGAGUUCAUGAUCUUAGAGAUCCAAACUCCACCGUAAUCAAUUUUCAGACCAGGUGUAACAACAAUAUUGCCAUCGAUUACAUGGACUCCAACUACUUCGCUUCUUCAAGUCUAGACCAACCCGGAUUGAUGGUCUGGGAUCGUCGCGUGUCUACCCGUUCUGGUGCAUCACCCAUGUAUCUGGAGUCUUUCGAUCAAGAUGAGAUUCCUUGGGGUGCUGUACUGAAGCUAGACCGAGCCAUUCAGGUCGACAAAGACGUGUUUAUCAAACAGCUUAGAUACUCACGCGAACAACGGGGCGCUCUUGGUGUUCUUUCCACAGCCGGUCAACUACAAGUUCUGCAAACUAAGAAAGAAUUCAUUGAGCCAGGCUCUCCUGAUGAGGUAGCUGGAAGCCCCGAGUUACUUGAAGUUAGGAAGUCGUAUGUUUUGGAAUAUCCGUAUUUCGAUCCUGAUCAUAAGAGAAAGCAAGAGCAUCGGAUUGUCUCCUUCGAUUGGCUCAAUGUUGGGACUACAGACCUGCCGCCUCGUGUGGUAGCUCUGAGGGCCACUGGCGAUUUUGAGAUCUUGCAAAUGCCAGCAACGACGGCCAUGCAACUCUCGCAACUCAUUCCUUGGCAACCUCCUCACCGCUUGGGUGACCCGUACUUGACUCUUCUAAACUUCUCGGACCCGAAGGAACGCGAAAAGAUGCUUGGACCGCUGUAUGCCACUGCUGCCAAGGCUGAGGUGCCAGUAUUUGGACCCGAUGGUUACAGUUCUCUAGCAACCAAACGCAUGCUCAAUACUGCUAUCAAAAAAGCCUUGGAGUCAGGAGGAGAUCCGGUGAUUGAUGAGCUUGCCCCGGUGGAGUCCAGUAAUCAGACCGUCGAACAGCAAGCCCCGCUUAUCGAGUCGAUGGAAGACAGUUUCUCUCAAUUGCGCGUCGACAAAGGUGUUGACAAGAAGGCUUCACAAAGUCAAGAAAUCCCAAAUGAUUCGAAAAUCUCAAAAGCCUAUUCUAGCAGAGAGUUGCAUGACAAAUCCCACUAUGCGACACUCGCCCCUCUUCCUGCAGACAAAGAUACCCAUGAUAAGCUGGACCACGUUAUGCUGCAACGGGCCGUUGAUGGCUAUCUGUUUGACUGCGCGAAGAACCAAGCUAUAGUUAAGGGUGAUCCUUGGCUCCAAGAUGUCUGGGGUUGGAUCGCACAAGCCGAAGACGCCGCUAAGGACGGUGGAAUGAUCUCAAUGCCGCUCGAUCUCAGCUACAUGGGCGUGUUCACCAUAUGGACCAAUUCACUUGGUGAGAAAUCUAGCUCUCGACUGAUCGAUAAUACCGUCAUCCCGGAUUCGUCUCAAUUGGAGCAUCUGAUCGGAGCAAUCAACAAACUCGCAAAUCGUCCAGAUUUCACAAGUACCAAGACUGCAAAGCCCCGUCAUCGACAGCUUUGUCUAGCAAUCUGCGGUCAACUGAAGCAUUCUGAAGAUUUCGCAGAUGACCUAAAGGCAUUGCAACUGGAUGGGAUGUAUACGAAGGCCGCUGCUUGGGCUUUGUUCGAGGGGCAUUUGAACCGUGCCGUUGAAAUCUUGAAGAACGGCGGUACCGAUCUUCUGUUUGCAGCUAUGGCCCUGGAUAUCAAGCUCAAGAGUAAUGCUUCGCUCGAUCUGGACAAUACUGGAUGGAAGAAAGCUUUGGAAAGCCACCCACAGAUGGCCGAGGACCCCUAUCUCCGCGCUAUCUAUCGCUACAUGACGACCGGAAGCUGGGAGGCCGUUGCAGAUGAGAAGUCUCUUCCACUUCGCGAUCGAGUAUGGGUUGCUCUGCGCAACUUUGACGACGACAAACUUACGUACUGGCUAUCGAGGGAGAUGGAAGAGGCCGUUCGGUUUGGGGACAUUGAAGGCAUUGUUCUUGCCGGCAUUACCGAUCCAAUGGCCAACAUUCUCCAGAAGUAUAUCGUGAAAUUCAUGGACUAUCAAACCCCGACAUUGAUCAUGUCCUUCUGCCACCCCCGAUAUAUUGACGAUGACCGCUGCGCGGCCUGGCGAAACGCGUACCGAGACUACCUCAACCGCCAUAAGCUCUUCAUUCUCCGAGUCAAAUACGACCAACAAACUGCCAAGAAGAGCCGUAAUCGGGAAGGAUCUCAUGUCAUCAAGCCUCCACCCCGCCAGGUCACCAUCCGCUGUCUCAACUGUGACAUGAACGCCGCCAACGACCUCUCUGCCGCCGGCCAAGGAUCUGCUUCCGUCCCUGCCUCAGCAACAGCAGAUAUCCGCAACCCCCUAGCGGCAUCAGGAGUCAAUGCCGGACUGUGCUGCCCAAAGUGCGGUUCCCACCUCCCCCGCUGCGCCGUCUGCAUGGAGAUCGUGGGCGUCCCGCGCUCUGAUCGUCCGGAGCAGAGCUCGGAUCCUGCGGUACGUCGUAUGGCCAACUUCCCAAGCUUCUGUCUGAAGUGCAAGCAUGUGACCCACAUGGAUCACUCGAUUGCUUGGUUCGAGAGGCACAAUGAGUGUCCGACUCCGGAGUGUAAGUGUCAGUGCAAUGCUGGAGGGAGCAGAAUCAGAGACUGAGGGGGAGGAGGGCGUAUUCUCGUUUUUCUUUUUCGGCGUUGUUUUCAAAUCUCCUGCAUAGCGAGGGACAAUAUGAGCAGCAUUGAAGGCGUUGGAGGAGAUACCCUUGUGUACUGUAGAUUAGAACGAAUAAAUGCCAAAUUCAGAAG